AUGGCAUCCAAGUCAGGCAUGGUCAACCCGGCCAUCUUCCAGGAUCUUCAGGCGCGCGUAGACGAAGACACCGCCGUUCGGGAUGAGCUGCGCGACAUCAUACAGGCACUCGAGAAGCACAACCGCAAUGUCUCGUUUGUGCUGUCAAGAGCCCAUUCUACGCCGGUGAACGAGCUACCCGAUAUUCUCAAGGCUUCUCAGGAACCGAUUGACAAUGUAAUCGCCACUGUCGGCCAGCUGUCGCAGGCUGCGUCAAAGAUGCCGUACUACAAGUUCAACAACAUGUGGAGUCGUCAAAUGCAGGGCGCGUGUGAGAGCGCUUUGUUCUGGGGCUGGCUCGGCGGCUUCAAGUAUGAUGGCGGUCAAGUACAAUGCGGCCGUCUGUUGACCAUCGAGGAGCUCGGCGAGAUCUUCAAGAUUCCUGUGAACCUCAAGGACCGCGAUGAGUUCCAUCUCUCGCUCGAAGAAUACCUUCAUUCUCUUAUGACGCUGGUCGAGGAAUUGACACGCCUUGCACGUAACGCCGUCACGCUGGGUGAUUACGAGCGCCCGCUUCUCAUCAACCAGUUCGUCAAGGAUCUGCACGCGGGCUUCCAGAUCCUCAACCUCAAGAAUGACAGUCUGCGCCGCCGUAGCGAUGGUCUGAAGUACAGGGUCAAAGAUGUCGAGGAUGUAGUCUAUGAUCUGUCGUUGAGGAACUUGCUACCUAAGAAAGCAGAGCAGAAGCAGUGA